AGAUUUUAUUUUAUUGUUAUAGUAUUUAUAAAAAAAUUGUAGGAGAAAAUUUUUAUAGACAACUAUGAACUUUCCCCUUGUUUUAACAAAUCAAUAAUGGUCCAACACAGCAUCCCAGAACUCAGUAGAUACUGGAUGGAGAGAAUGGGGUAAAAGGGGUGAAACAGAGGAAGCCCUUCUAGUAAAAUAGAAGGGAAGCCAAAGAAAACAUUUCAGGAAGAAAUAGUUAACAUUGAAUACUUAAAAAGAAAUAUUUGAUUCAGAACAUACACAUGACAAGAUACAAUUUGAAAUGCGUGGACUUUUACGAGGUACUUUAUACUGCAUACUAUGGUAUGGUAGUAUAGUGGCUGGCUUUUUAUUUAUUGCUUGCCCUAUGUUACCACUAUUAUUCUUUAGUCCUCCAAAGUUUCGAAAAUGUGGUGAUCUAUUACUUUCUUGUUGGGAGCUUUAUUCUACAGCCCUUUUAAAAGUAUUUGGUGUGAAAAUUUUUGUGUCAGGAGAUCAUAUAUCUCCAAAUGAAUCUGCUGUUCUUGUAAUGAAUCAUAGAACACGAGUAGAUUGGAAUUUUUUAUGGGCUGCAAUGUAUCAAGCAUGUUUACCUAAUGUAGCAACUCAUAGAUUAAAAUUUGUUUUGAAAGAUCCUAUACGACAUAUUCCAGGACCAGGAUGGAUAAUGCAAAUGAAUGGUUUCCUUUAUAUAACUCGUCGCUGGGAAGAAGAUCAAAAUCGAUUGUCACGAACUUUGGAUUAUUUAAUAGCUCUUGAUAGACGUUUUCAAUUACUUAUAUUUCCUGAAGGUACUGAUUUGACAAAAAGCAGCAAGGAAAAAUCCAAUAAAUAUGCCAUGCAACAUGUUUUACCACAAUAUUCUUUUAUUUUGCAUCCAAAAACAACGGGAUUUAGUUAUUUAGUUCGACACCUUCAACAAGCAAAGUAUCUCAAUGCUGUUUAUGAUUUAACAAUUGCAUAUCCUGAUUAUAUUCCACAAUCUGAAUUAGAUUUAAUGAAAGGAAAAUUACCAAAUGAAGUACAUUUUCAUAUUGAGCGAAUACCUUCAUGGAAUAUGCCUACAGAUGAUUUAACAUUAAGACAAUGGUUACAAGAAAGAUGGUUUAACAAAGAACAAAUUUUAAAACAAUUUUAUAAAAAAAAAAGUUUUUCUGCUAAAAUUUGGCCUUUAACAAAAUUACAUCCUUUACAUAUUGCAUUUAGUUUCUGGAGUAUUUUAACAGGAUGUACCAUACUUUUACUUAUUAUUUCACCAGUAUUCCAAUUAUGGACUUUAAUACAUUCAGCUUUCUUUAUUGCUUUAUCUUUCUUUACUACUGGUUUUAAUCAACUUGAAAUGGGAUGGUACUGGCGUUGGAAAAUGCAUUUUCUUACAAAAAAAUAUAGUUAAUAAAAUAUAAAAUUGUUUAAUGUAAGUAAACUCCAGUAUAAAUUAUUUUAUUUC